CUCAACUCCAGUUGCCUGAACACAAGGAAAGGCCGUUCUCCCACGGCAACACAGCUCGGUGAGCACAUCAGCUUACUGCAGUCCAAUCAACUCAUCACAGAACACAACUUUCAUAGUUGCGUGGAAAUUGGAAAUUUUAACACAAAUAUUCCCAAAGGCCAUUAUUGCUGGAAACCACUGGCCCACGCUGACGGGAGAAGAGCCUCACUAAUUCUUAAUAAGAUGCUUCUGCUCUUUCCUUCUCCUCACUCAUCGCUCCUGUUCCUGGCUCUCCUGGGCAUGGUAAUGGUGUCCUUUGGGUUCCCUCUGCCUCACAUGCACCCCCUGGAGAGGUUCUCAUCUCCUCCCAUUGGUCAAGAGGUGUCCAAAUUGGCACUGUGGGAGAUGCUGUAUCCCUCCUUCUCUCUGCAUGACUGGAGCAUUCAGAUGAUGUCAGCCCCAAAGUCCUUCACCCCCAAACCAAAGUCUCAGGUGAUGGCCAGUGACUCCUGGCUUCCUGUCAGCCAAUCACACAUGGAGGCCCUUAUCGAAGAGGCAGAGCUCAGUAAGAACAGGCCACCAAACUUGCCCCCAUGGGCAGGUAACGAGAAAAAGAGGAACAUUGUUGUGGCAGAUGAUGCUGCUUUUCGGCAGAAGAGUAAGCUGUUAACAGCCAUGGAGAGACAGAAGUGGCUCAACUCGUAUAUGCAGAAGCUGCUGGUUGUCAAUUCCCCAUGAAAACCCUACAAAAAAGCAAAAUUUUUGAAAGAUCAAAAAUAUAAAUUUUUCCUGUACUAUAAGUGUAACCAUAUUUCAAAUUAAUAAAAUGUGAGCAUAACACCA